AUGCGCGUGUCCGCCACCACCCUUCUUGCGCUCCCGCUGCUUGCGACAGCGGCCGAGUCGCCCUUUGAGCAGUACAAGGCACAGUUCCAGAACUUCCUGAGCUCCUUUGGCGCCUCCGCGCCCAGCGCUGAGAAGGCGGCUACCCCCGAGGCCGCCGUGCCUGAUGCGACAGCCGUCGACAAGAAGAUCUCCGUCUUGACCGUCGAGAACUGGAAGGAUGUUCUCUACGAGCCCGUCAAGGCCGAUGCCACUACCCCUGAGGAGUGGUGGGUUCUGAUCACUGGUCGUAACAAGACCUGCUUCGGCCACUGCGAUAAGAUCGAGACUGCCUUCAACGAGUCUACCAUCAAGUUCGCCAAGCUUCCCGAAUCUCCUCACCUGGGCCUCCUUGACUGCGACGCCCAGCCCGUCCUCUGCAACGCGUGGUCCGCCGGCACCGCGUCCAUCUGGUCCAUCGGCCUGUUGCCCCCUGGAGCCGACGUCGAUGUCUACAGGAAGCGCCUGAACGUCACCACCACCACUUCGGACGACAUUGUCGACCUGUGGAAGGCGCAGUCCAAGGAGGACUGGAUUCUGACGGAGAACAUUUUCCACCCCUUCAACAGCUGGAUCGCCAAGAACAACCUGUCUGUCCCCGUCGGCUACGUCUUCUGGGCCUUCAACCUUGUUCCCAACUGGCUCUUCAUGAUCCUCGUCUCCUUUGGCAGCCGUACCCUGAUGAACCGCCGUAUGGGCAACACCCUUGACAACCGCGCCGCUGCUGCUGCCGGUGGAGCUCCUCCUGCCGCUGCCGCCCCCGCUGGUGGUGUUGCGCGGUAA